CCGGGUCGGGGGCCGGGGCCGGGGGACGGCGGCUCCCCGCGCGGCUCCUGGGGCGCGGGCACCCCGGCAGGGCCCCGGGGGGGCCAUGGCAGCCGGGAGCAUCACCACGCUGCCCGCCCUGCCGGAGGACGGCGGCAGCGGCGCCUUCCCGCCCGGCCACUUCAAGGACCCCAAGCGUCUGUACUGCAAAAACGGGGGCUUCUUCCUGCGCAUCCACCCCGACGGCCGAGUGGAUGGGGUCCGGGAGAAGAGCGACCCUCACAUCAAACUGCAGCUUCAGGCAGAAGAGAGAGGGGUUGUGUCCAUCAAAGGAGUCUGUGCAAACCGCUAUCUUGCCAUGAAGGAAGAUGGAAGAUUACUGGCUUCUAAAUGUGUUACGGACGAGUGUUUCUUUUUUGAACGAUUGGAAUCUAAUAACUACAAUACUUAUCGGUCAAGGAAAUACUCCAGCUGGUAUGUGGCACUGAAACGAACUGGGCAGUAUAAACUUGGACCCAAAACAGGACCUGGGCAGAAAGCUAUACUUUUUCUUCCAAUGUCUGCUAAGAGCUGAUCUUAAUAGCAGCAUCUGAUCUCAUUUCAUAUGAAAGAAGAUGUUUUAGAAAUUUGUUAGUGAAAGAAAAAAAUGUACAGCUAGCUGCUCAGUUUGGAUAAAUGGUCAGAUAACCUUUUAUCUAAUACUAAAUAUUUAACCAUUGCCUUAGUAAAGAAAAGCAAUAAAAGUUCCUAGAAAAAGUAUAGACUUCCACCUUUUAUAUAGCAUUUCCCUUUAUCCAGUGAAGCUUAUUUAGAGCUAUACUCUUUGUCAUACAUUUGCUUCAUUUGGAAAGAGGCUUUUAAAAACAAAUUUUCUUCAUGGAAAUUAUACAAAAUUGGGAAAUUAAAGUCAGAUAUUAGUUAACCCCAAAUGUCCACCACUUCAUAUAAUAUGAUACACAUUAUCCUACACGUACAAUUUACUUAACAUUUUUAAAAACACAAAUAUGGAUUUAAUCCAUUCCUAUCAUAGUUCUAUAAUUCUCUGGCAGUUCCUUAUGAUACAGUUUAUAGAACAAGCCUGUGUAAACUGCUGGAAGUUCUUCCACGGUGAAAUCAAUCUUGUCAAACCCUUCUCUGUACCCGUAGAGAAGCAGCCUAGCAACUCUGCUGGUGAUGGGAGUUGUGUUUUCAGUCUUGACCAGGUCAUGGAGAUCCAUCCACUCACACCUUAAGCAUUCACGCUGGCAAAAAUUUAUGGUGAAUGAAUAUGGCUUUAAGCGACAGAUGAUAUACAUAUCUGACUUCCCAAAAGCUCCGGGAUUGGUGUGCUGUUGCCGAAUGCUCAGAAGGGACCUGAAUUCUGAUUUUAUACCAGUCUCUUCAAAAACUUCUCGAACUGCUGUGUCUCCUAUAUAAAAGAAAGAUGUACAAAUCAGUAAGGAUCACAUUUUUAGAAUUUUAAUCAUCACAGUUUUCAGAUAAAAGUAACGUUAUCUAAAGGUUGAAAAGCAAAACUUCAUCCUAAGAAAGGAUUCAACAUAAACUUGCCUUCUGGACAUCCUGAAAUACCAAAGUAUUUUCUUACCACUGUAUAUCUAAGAAGCUUUUGAAAUAUUGAGUUAUUUCUUUGGCUAUUUGUAGGCUUACCCACCUGUAUAUUUUUGGAGUCACAUUUUUAAUCUCUUCCUGCUCUUUCCCAGAAGUUGAAAACCUAGUUUCCUGCAGUUAAUAUUCCUAUAUGUUUCUUCAUUAUUAUCCUGUUCCUGCUCAUCCAUCAAAACUGCCUAAAUUUAUACAUAUUAGGAUUGAGAAAAUGUGAUCCAUUCUUCCUUACAAAAGUCUGUAGAGCUGCAGAAUGUAUUGAAUGGAGAAAUGUUCAAAGCUUUCCUGGUGAUCUUGGGUGGGACUGUCAAGCCUCUGAAGUCAUAGAACAGAUUCAUUUAUAACCAUUUUGUUAUGUUCUUGUCAGUGGAAUCCCAUUAUGGUCAUUUGGGGCAUUUCCUUUGUUUCUUGAGAUUCCAAAGAACUUGGAUUCAUUCCUCCGACACCAACAAGCUGCAGUCAUUUUAUCAGAAGUGUUCAAGAAACUUGCAAUUUACAGAAUUUUGUAAUAGUACAACAAGGAUUUCACAUUUAUAAGGCUGAUUUUUUCAAUAUUAUGCAAAUUUUUAGGGCAAAAUGUUUAUUGUCAACAUUUUUGUGGUUGCUUUUUCUAAAUCUCCAGAUGAACCCCCUAAAUGGGCUUUCUGUAAUUUUGUGAUGACCUGUCACGGACUCCCGAAGUGUUUUAUGAAAAACCCUUUAAAAAGCUGCCUUCUUUGCCCAGUUUGCUGGGAAGCUUCCUAAUUUCACAAUUGCCAGAGCCACAGAUUUUUCCUCAAAGACCCUUCUAUUUCCUUGUUUGCUGUAAAGAAAAUUUUAUUUACCUUCUCAGUCUUAUUGGUGAAGAAUAGGUAAGGAAGAGGAAGUCAAGGAAAAAUGUCUCAAUUUCCACAUAACUCUGAUUAAAGACUGGCUUAAGAAUUUCCUACAUAUGCUUUUUUUUUUUUUUUUUUUUAAAUCCUAAGAAACCGCUCUGGAAAUAUUCAUGGGAAGAGCAAAGGGUCCGAAAAUAUAAGACAUUGGUCUGUGAUUUUGAAUUACAUGCUGACUUCCCCUUCCCUUGAGAUUUGCCAUAGUUUAAACAUGGUUAGAAAUUACUAUUUAAAACUAAAACAUAAAAGAAGAAUUUGUGUUAAUAAAAGGAAAACCUAAUGAGAAAAAGAAUUUUCAGCCUGGCAUGUAAUACAUGUUUGCUACUAAAUUUGUUAAACUGCUGCACUAGUCUAAAACUUUACAUGUCAUUUGCUGAUUUCACUUAACUAUUGUUUAAAUGUUUAUUUUUAUUCCUUAAACACUUUGAAAAAUAACUAUCAGAGUCCUGUUAAACUCUUAGUACCACCAAUUAAGAGUUUGGCAUUUCGUUUGGAGUCUAGCCUUUUUAUGUGUCAUGGAAGCACAGGACAGACUUGUGAGUGAAUGAAUAUACCCUACUCAGCAGUCACCUUAGCAGCUGACUGAAAAUCAGCACUGCCCUGGGUAGUUUGAUCAGUUUAACUUCAAUCAAGAUAUCAUUGACUAGACUAAAAAAUGAAUGGGUAGAUAAGUGCUUUUGCACUUAUGAGGUAUGAGUAACUUCUUCCACCUCAACGUGGAAAUCUUUACCCCAAGGCUUUCACCAUGAAUUUAAAAACUUGUAAAUUUAUUUAACUGCUUUAUUCUGUUUUACCUUUAUUUGUACUGUAAGCUGAACUGAUGUAACAUUGACUGUUCUAUAUGUUUAACAAACAUAGGAAAAACCAAGGGGAUUUUGUUUUUAUGUUUGCUGACUGAGAUGUUUAAAUAUGUCCUAGUGUUUUGUUUAGUUACAAGACAGUGAAGAGGAGUUUAUUUUGUUAUUUCUAUUUUGUAAUAUUUAACAAUAGGAUUAGGUUGGAAAAAAAUAAUAGGAAAAAUUGGGCAGAAUGUGGGUUUUCCUACUGUUUCCCUCUGAUUCUGGUGCACUGAUGAGCUCUGAUCAGAACCUGCUACUUUAUAGUCCUUUCCCCAUGCAGGGGAUUCUCUUCCUGUCACUGGUAAAUGGUAUUUUUUUUUAGAAAGGCAACUUCUCCAUUUUUAACCUUGUAGAUCCUUUUGUACUAUUAGGGUAUCAUAUUGAAGCCUGAGGAUUGCAUUCUAUUUUGUAUAUGCCCCCCCCCCUUAAUUUUUUUAAGCACUGUGGACAAGAGAGCUUCAUUUACUUAGUAGUAUUAUAGAAUUAAGGAUUCCAAAACAAAUAUGUUUCCCAUGUGUUUCCAGUUAACUAGUGUUUACUACUUAAGAGCUAUAUUUGUGAUGGCUGUAUUCUACUAUAUUACAUACUUUCCUAAAUACAGAAUUUAAAGAAAAUAAUUUUAAUAAUUAUUGGGUGAUUUGGCUUCAUCCUUUAGAAUAUUGUGUUAAAAGACAGAAAUGCUCUGAUAGAAGUCAUGGUCUUUCAGAACUCUGUUGUCAGUUAUUAUUUCUAGCUGCUUUCAGGAUUUUAUUAUUUCUAAGGCAAAGCUUUAAUUUAUAAUACGCCUAGACAAUAUGAAUGCCAGUUGCUGCUUCUAAUUCCACAUGGUUGAGGCAUAUGUAUGUUGUCUAAAUAGGUGGGUUGUUGUGACAACCACAAAUAUUUAAAUUCAGAAUUCACUACUUUUUUCCUUUUUUUUUUUAAACCUGGACUUAAUGAGUUCUGGAGUAUACUUAAACCUAAAAUUAUGCAUGCUUGGAAAUGUUUGUUCAUUUGCAUUUAAAUAGAAGUAAAAAUUCAGGAUCCAUAAAAACUCAAAAGUCCAUUCAUUUGGGAAGGCAAGACUCAAAAGAUGAAACUAACAAACUUCCUGUGGCCUGAUUUUUGCCCAGUAUGGACUGGGUAAAGUUGUAAAACAAAUUUAACUAGCUCACACACAAUGUCACAGAUCACAUAAGGAUAGUAUGAAAUAAAUAGGUGUUCCAAAGUAAAUGGUCCUUUCUUUCAGCAUUUGCAUCACUCCACAAUCUUUUAUUUCAAAAGAAGACCUAAACAACAGAAUUUACGCAGAAGGUCCCUGAAGUACCUAAAACCCAAAAUCUGCAAUGGAUAGAUCUCAGUGUGGUAAAUUUAUUUCUGGUUUGUUAGGAAUUGUCUAUGUACUGUGUAUGGGGCAUUUUAAUCUGUAACAUUAAAAAAAACAAUCAAGUUUCAAGUAUAUACACAUCAAGUAUAUACAAAUAUUGAAAGAUAAUUUAGGAAGUUGCCUUUAUAUAUAAAUGUUGGUUAAAUAGUGAACAUGCACAUGGAAAAAGCAAUCAUGGAGAAAUAAUACUGGUAUCAAAUGAGUCAUCCAUUGAUUUAUUAUGAUAGAGACUGCGUUUGACUCAGUGGUUAAGGAAUAUGUAGGAAAACUCCAUAUUUACUCUUUCUACUCUUUACUGUAAAAUCAGUAACAUGGAAAGUUCUUAGCUUAUUUCACAUUGCCUGGUUUUAAAUACUGAGCUCUGUAAGUUGUUUUAGUUGUUUAGUUGUUUUAGAGAGCUAUCUCUCUUUUGAGACUUUCUCAUAGGAGAGAGUUUUGGCUUCCUUACUAUUUAAAAUAAAUAGCAGUCAAAAUUAUUAUAAAGAGGAGAAUUAAGUCAGUAGUGCUCUAUAAGUGACUUUUAAAUGGACCUCAAAAUAAGUAUUACUUAUAAAGUUAGUAUGCAUGGUUGUGUGGUGAAAUGGUCAAGAAUUUGUGUUUUCUUACAGUUUAAUUCCAGGAAAAGUAUUAGUCCUAUCCAAAAUAACCCUAAAUGCUAAACUUUACCAAUGUAUAUGAAAAGCUUUUUAUUUUCAAACAAAUUAAUCUAGAAGCAAUCCUAAACAGAACAGGUGGUAUGCUCCUAAUAGUAUUUUUAUACUAAUGGAAUAAGUUGUAAUAUUACAAGUUUUGCUGCUAAUUUUAUAUUAGCCCCGAAGUAACCUCUGAAAUUUCUCAGAAAAUUUAAAAUCUUAUUUUCAGCUAUAGAGCUAAAAAGUAAACACAGAAAUUUCCUAAAUUUUUUCAAGCAAUUAAAAAUAUGUAAGGUACACACCGAUAUCUUCUCCAGGCUCUGACAGGCCUCCUGGGAACUUCCACAUAUUUUUCAACUGCAAUGUAAAAUCAGAAAAUAAAGUUAACAUAGCUUCAAUCACUAACCCGCACAUGGAGACUCGACAAAAAUUGGUCAAGGAAUGGAGAAUUUAUUUUUUGGUAAUAACAUGCAAAUUUCUUUCAUCUUCCUUCUUUACUCCUCCCUUUCUUUUUCUUGGGGGGAAACUGGUGACUUUUGAAAUCUUUUCCUACCUUUUUCUCUAGGAAAUAGAAGUGGUUUUGUUUGGUUAAUGUGAUAAAUUCUGUAUGAAUGAAACAGUGGAGGGAAACAUCUACUGAAUUUGUGUAAUUUUUAAAAUUUUGCUGCUAGUUAACUAUUAACAAAUAGAGGAAUCUUACAGAUGCUGCUAUAAAUAAGUAGAAAGUACAGUAUAAGUUUAAUAACUAAAAUAUACUAUUUUUAAUUUUCACAUUUAUUUUCUGUGUUGUGUGUCUAAUCAGAUUUCUCUUGUCUCUGUGUUAAUGAUUGUAUGUACAAAUGUAAUUGCUUUUCAUGGGUAGCAUGAAUAAAUCUGAUUAAGUUUG